AUGCCUUCGGAGGAGGAGAAUCUUCUCGGCCAGCCCGGGAUUCCCCCGGCGGAUUACCACACCCUCGAGCCGGCCGACCUCACGGCGAAGGAGGACGUCGCGAUCGCCUCCGCCGUCGACGCGGUGAAGAGGCGGCAGGACAAGGAGAAGCGCGUCCUCCUCGGGGCCCUCGGUUUCUGCGCGGUUUUCAUGAUCGCGGAGUUCAGCCUGGGGGUGAUGGCACACUCCCUCGCCCUCAUCACGGACGCGGUGCACCUCUUCACCGAUGUGGGGGCCUACGCGCUGAGCAUCGGCGCCCUCCUUGCGGCGGGGCAGGUGGCCUGCGGGAAGUACAACUACGGCUGGAGCCGCGCCGAGGUCAUCGGGACGCUCAUCUCCGUCAUCUCCAUCUGGGCGCUCGUGAUUUGGAUCCUCAGCGAGGCGCUGAAUCGGAUUUACGACAUCGCCAUGUGCGCUCGCGUCCCCGGGCAGUUCGCGGCGUUGAAGGGGAAUGGCGCCCAGAUCCAGCUCAACGAACUCCGCGUCUGCAAGGAGAUUAAAUCGCCCUUGAUGAUCGUCGUGGGGUUGAUGGGGCUGGUGGUGAAUAUCGUCUGCGCGUUGAUUUUGUACGUCGGCGGCACCCACGGGCAUAGCCACGGCGGGUUAUCGCACGCCCACGCCCAUGAAAGGGAAAAUCAGGAUCAUGACCACGCCCAUGAACAUUCUCCUAAUCAUGAACAUUCGCAUGGGGAGAAUAAGGGUUCAAAAAAGCCGAAGAUCGGGUUUGCCCUCAACGCGGCUCUUCUUCAUGCCCUUGGGGACUGCGUCCAGUCCGUGGGGGUGAUUAUUGCGGGGUUGUAUAUUUACUUGGCCAACCGAUACAGCCACGGCGUCUCUUCGUAUAAAUAUUCAAUUCACAACCUCGCCGAUCCCAUCUCCUCCAUUCUUUUCUCCGUGAUAACCCUCAAAAUGACCUUAGCGCUGUUAUUUGAUCUGAUUAACAUCUUGAUGGAAAGCACGCCGAGUGGGAUCGACUACGAUGUCCUCAAAGCUACACUCCUGAAUAUUAAAGGCGUUCGAAGUGUACACGACUUGCACGUGUGGUCGCUCUCGGCUGAUAAUAUUUCACUCUCCGCCCACCUCGUUGCGGAGGAAAAUGAGGACAUCUUGAAUAAAGCCAAAGCACUCUGCCUCCACCGCUUUGGAAUUUCACACACCACAAUACAGUUGGACGGUGUGGAAAAUGGAGCUUCGUUGUGUGAAGGAAGUUGCCAGUGA